CCCCAACUUGGGUUGGGCCACCAUUUUCCAACGGAGCUUUUCUUCUCGAAGAAAUGCAGAAGUGGAUAAGGAAAAGGAAGGAAAAAAAAAAAAAAUGCUGGCUUGCUCCACCGUGUGCCACCGGUGCCUUCAGGUGAAGGCAACGUCCGCCGAUACUAAUCUGUCGGAGCCAGAGGCUGAGCCAAAGGCGCGUAAGCUAAAGGCCAGCCCUCAGCUUAAACGAUGGUCCCGAGCUCGGGCGCUCCGUUCGGGCCACAGAUUGGAGCGGCCAGGCCACCGAGGCGAGGCGCUUGAACUGAAACCUCGGGGUCAACAAACCAAAGAGGUCGACUAUUCCGAGCAUGGUCAAGAAGGAAACGAUGACGACUAUGGUGUGUAUGUGGCAACAGCGAAGUCUAUUUACAUGGUUUCUGAUGGAACCGGUUGGACGGCGGAGCAUUCGGUUAGCGCGGCGUUGGGGCAGUUUGACCAUUGUUUGGUGGAUCGUGGGUGCCCUGUUAAUACCCAUCUCUUCUCAGGGAUUGAUGAUGCAGAAAAGUUGAUGGCGAUUAUAAAGCAGGCAGCCAAGGAAGGUGCAAUGGUUGUCUAUACUUUAGCAGAUCCUUCCAUGGCUGAGUCUGCCAAGCAGGCUUGCAAACUGUGGGGUAUACCCUCUACAGAUAUACUGGGGCCAAUUACAGAAGCAAUUGCUUCUCAUCUUGGUGUCUCACCAUCUGGCCUUCCUCGAGGAGCUUCUGGCAGGAGUUCUGCCCUUUCAGAGGAAUAUUUUCGAAGGAUUGAAGCAGUUGAGUUUACAAUCAAGCAUGAUGAUGGAGCACUACCCCAAAGCCUACACAAGGCUAACAUUAUUCUUGCUGGUGUCUCUCGUACUGGGAAGACACCAUUGUCAAUUUAUCUGUCACAGAAAGGAUACAAAGUGGCAAAUGUGCCUAUUGUAAUGGGAGUGGACUUGCCAAAGACUCUUUUUGAGGUAGACCCUGAGAAGGUUUUUGGUUUGACCAUAAAUCCUAUUGUCUUGCAAACGAUUAGGAAAGCAAGGGCUAAAAGUCUGGGCUUCAGUGGGGAAGCAAGAAGCAGUUAUUCUGAGAUGGAUUAUGUGAGACAAGAACUGGAAUUUGCUCGCAGGAUCUUUUCACAGAAUCCUGUUUGGCCAGUUAUUGAAGUAACUGGGAAAGCAAUUGAAGAAACUGCAGCUGUUAUUUUGAGGCUCUAUCAUGACCGAAAGCACAAGUGUACAAUGCCACGAAUCUCAAAACGUUAUUAACAUGGAAAGUACCUGUACCAGGUACUUAUGCAUGGAUGAGAUCAGGCUUCUGAAUAUUAAGAGUGGUUUACUUUGUGAGUUGUGAUAUUGUUUAUAAAAUCUCGAAAAUUGUUAUUAGAAAUUAGUGAAAUGCCAAGAAAGGGGAUGCCUAGUCUUCUUGUUGUAUACUAAAGUGCCAAUGACUGAUGGGAAAAUGCAGUCAUUUUUUGUUGUAAUUAGACAAAUGGAUAUGGUGAAUGAAUUGUCAUUCAUCUA